AGUGCGCAUGAAUGGGCUGUGUGUUGCGGAAUCGAGACUAAUGAUGCUAGCGAUGUGAGGAGCGAGGCGACUGCUCCGUUUAACAUCUUCACUUGCAGUGAAUUUUCUGCUGGAAGCACUGAAGGUUAUUUGUGAGGGUGUGGCAGCAUUCAGCAUAGCUGUUGGUCAUGACGAGUGUGACAACAUUUCUGUUUGGUCUGAUCCUUGUACACAACAUCGAAGGGUCUAAAGAUGGUUGCCCACCCAUCGUUCAAGAAAGCUCGCACUUCGCCGAGACCUUCGGCAACACCUGCUUCCUGUUCGUGGACGAGGAGGUCUACUGGAACGACGCCCGCGACAAGUGCUGGGACAUGGGUGGAGAGCUGCUGGCCGUCCGCGACGUCGCCACCAUGAACUUCAUCAAAGCCACCCUGAACUCCAAGAAGUUAGGGUGGCGAAACCAGGGUGUGUGGCUGGGUGCUCGCUAUUACAGUGGGAAGUGGAGAUGGACCACUGGUGAGGCGAUAGACUUCCAGUACUGGUCGCCAGGGCAACCCAGCAAGAUUCUGGGGCUGCUGUCCGUCGAGGACUGCGCGUUGAUGCGGCGCGACGACGCAUGGCAGUGGCACGACUACAUCUGCGGCAGCCUCAAGUUUCACUACAAGUACAUCUGCCAGUUCCGCCUUGUGAAAACGACGGCGGCGGCGGCGGCGACGACGACAACCUCCUCUACAGCAGUGACCGUCGCCGGUAUCCAGGGUGACGGACAAAGUCAGAAGGCGCUGUACCUCAAAGGUCAGAGGGCGGAGUCCAUGGUGAUAGACGAUAGCGUGGGGAGCGGGUUGUCCGGCCGCAGGGGUCACGGCACAGCCUUCAACUCUAUCUACCAACAUGCUGCUCACUCUUCAGCUGCAGCAGAAGACAAUGGAAACAUGGCAAUCUUGACCAUCAUACUGAUUGUUGGAGGCAUCAUCCUUCUGGGGCUGCUGAUUGCCUUCCUUGUUGUUCGUAGAAGGUAUCAACACGCACUCAAGCACAUCGAUGUGAGAGAAACAGUAGUUCACUUUGCUAAUCGAUCCUUCACCUCUGCCCACACUGUGCUAGCUCCUCCACCUGCACCCCACGUUUUCUCAGCCGCCACGAAGACAGUUUGUACCUGACUCCUGUGGAAUCUGAGUGUUUCUAUGAAGAGAUCAAGAAGCCAGAGACUCAAAGGACCGAUUGCAUCAAUAAAGACUUUGACAGCUUUCAGGAGACUGUCCCUCUUGCCUCAGGAGGACUUUGUGCAGGAGAUGUGGGAGCCUGUGGGAUCACGCUAGAUGCGUUUGAUGAUAGCCCUGAGCUCCCACUGGUCUCUGCUGGCUCAGCCAAUUCUAUGGAGAGCCUGGACAGCUCAAAGGGCAGUAUGAAACUGAAACCAGAGAAUGUGCACAAUGACUACGUGGAUAUGAAUGGCAUGGCGGUCAUGAGCAGCAAAGACAGUAGUGGCACAGCCAGCAAGGAAAGCUUGCAUGGCAGUACUUUGAAUGCAGAGGGUGGCAAAGCAGCUGUGCAAGAUGACUACUACUAUGUAAACACCUGGAAAGGUGCUCAAGAAAAUGUGUAUGAGGCUCUGCCCUGAAACGGGAAAUAACUGGAUUCGCUAGAAGCAAAAUAUGAAAUAGACAAGCCUGCUGACAGGGUAUCAUCUAGAAACUGCUGUUCUGUGCUCUUACUACAGUGAUUAUUAUAUGACAGUUGCUUGGACCCAUCAACAUGCUGUUCCUUAAAGUUAAAUGCAGCAGAUGUCAUACAUAGCACCAGGUUGUGUUUUAGUCUUUGCUUUGGCAGUGCAGUUCACUUUGCAUUGUACUUUCAGCCUGUUGCACUGGGAGUCAGCAUACCUGAGUAAGAUAUUGGUUGAAAGAAUCAUUAGAUAGUCCUUCUUGCCAGUUAAAUCUAGAACUCUAUCACAUACCUUUUAACGACUUAGCAGCGGUAUAGAGUUCAGUGAAAGCAAACACCGUCACUAUAAAAGCAGCAUAGUGCAAAUGCAUAUUAGGUAGUACUUACCAGGAUGCCCAGUCUCAGUAGAGUUCUGACUCUUCCAGCUAUUAUUUUUAAUUGUCAGUGUUUGAUCUGUCGCUUCAUUUAAGGUUGUGAGCGUGUCUGCUGCCAGAUGUUUAUCCCUAUCUUCCCCUUCUCUUCCUGUUUCUUGUAUUUUGUGCUCACAUAAGAUGUAGAUAAAAACAAACAAUAUGGAUUACACAGUGUGGUUAACAUAUUGUCUCCCUUUUCCCCCAGAUAAAUGCACAUCACCACAUUCUGUUUUAUUUAUGAGCACUCCAAAUUUUAAGGAGAAUUUUAGGCAGUGCUUAGUAUUAAGAAUAUAGGCUUCAACUGAAGAUGAUUAAAAAGUCAAAGUUCAUAUAGUCAUGUUUUAUUUUAGUCAUCCAUCUUUCCAAUGUCCUUGUUAAAUUCAAGUCAUUUUAUACAUGUUUUCAGAUUUCUAUGAAGCUAUGAACAGCACACAGUUUGAAAUUGGUGCAUGGCUAAUUGCCAUUCAUUUGCAUGAAGGUAUAUAUAGAUAUAGAAGCAUUUUUCUUGGAAAAAAAACAAAACUAUUAAAACACCAUAAAAUAUUAUUUCAACCUUUUAACAUAGAAGACUUUUCUUGUUGAGAAGACCUUUUCCUUUUUGAAUUACUAAAUCAGAUUGAAAGUUAUGAAAUUUGAAAAAAAGACUUCUUUCUCUAGCUAAAAUAGCUGAACCGUCCUGCACAGAUUCUGGGAACUACAGGGUGUUGUGUUUUUUUUCUUGUUCUUCGGGGUUUUUCCCCCACAAUAGUCCACAGUUUAUGAUAGUUUUGAUGUUCUAGUGUUUGUAGAAUGAGCACUAACCACUUUGCUGCUUCUAGGUUGUUUUUUUUUUUCAUAUUUAUACAUUAGUGCUUGACUUCAACCAAAGUAUUUUUUGUUUUAUCAUUUACUGUAACAUAACGUGGUCAUUUGUCUCUUGAUUUGUAUUUUAACCUGUGAUAAUGCUAGUUUUGUCUUGAUUUUGCGCUUUUUAUAACCUGUGAUCAUUUAAUGAUAGUAUUUUAUCAGAUAGGAUGACCCCAUGGCCAAGAUAGUUAAAAAAUCACAUACUGCCACAGUGUUUGAUGACAAAUUAUUUAUGUAAAGACAUGUCUUUUUAAAGUUUGAACAUCCUUAAUUUAUAAAAAUUUUCUUGUCGUCUGUGUAAAACAUGUAAGUAAUGAUAAACAUGCCUUGAAUUAUUUUUUUUUUACAUCAGUAUUCACAGUAAAGUCAAUCUGCCUCUAUAUAUCUCACACACAUUUGAGUUGUACGUAGAAACUUUGGCCAUCAAGUAGAUAAUAUGAAAAUCAGGCACAGAAGGUCAAUUGGGAUUUUCUCAGAACUUUGUACAUUUGUGCACAAACUGCAACGAACUGUUGAUUAAUGUUCCCAUAAGAGCUCAUGUCACUUCAUAAUUUGUUAAAGGAGUUAUGUACUGGUAACUGCUGCAUGACUUUUAUCAUUGACUGGGUUCCUCAGCGGCAUUACUGGUUAAUGUGUGUAUUGUUUCUUUGAGUUUUACUGUCUGGUGAAAUAUGCAUGCAAUAAUGUUCUUAAAACAUGUGCACUGUGUAUAUAUAUAUAUGUAUAUAGUUGCAGCACAAAAAUAUCUCUAUCAAAAUUAUACAAUCCAUGCUGGAGACUCCUAAUUGGUAGAUUUCUGCUUAAAACUUUUGUCUUUCUGCUUAAAAAUUAUUAGACUUUCUAUUAAUGCUACAUCUAAUUUCCUGAUUUAGGUUUCCAAUUUCUUGUUCUAAGUUGGAAAUCUGCUUAAGAACCCCCACAGAAAUUUUCAGGUUUUUUUUUUUCCACAAGCCUUUUCCAGCCUGACAUAGUCUUAAAGCAAAUUCUUUCUUUGUGUCUUCCAGGAGUUAUUAUCGGAUGAAAUCAUACUCUUCAUUGUUCAUUGUCACCUUACAUCAGAUUUUAUUUUGGGGGGAGGGAAAUUGUGGCAAUUGCAUGGAUGUGUGUGUGUAUGUUUGAUAUUGCACAUGCAUGAAAGUUAAUACCUUUUCAUGCACAAGUGUUAUUGGUCCCUGCUGAUUGUGUGCAGUCAAGGUGCAAAUUUACCUGCAAGAUUAUGCCUGUAAAUUCUGUCAACUGAGAUGUCAUAUUUCGUUUGUUUGACAUAGUCCAGGAAUUUUGCUUCUUUGAUGAAUCAUUCUUCCCCAGUCUUCCCCUGAUCUAAAUUAGCAUCUCACAUGGUUGUUGUUGACACCUGCUCUUGUAUUUUCAGUUCCCUGAAAAGAUCAGGUCUUUCAGAUUGCAAGUCUAGUGGUUAAUAUGAUCUCUGAUACUAUUAAAUCUUUUCACCACCCCAGCUGUUCACAUGCCCUACAGAACUUGUUCAGGACUGCCUAUCAUGCGCAGCUUUAACUGGCGGCUGGCUAUCAAGAUGGAAUAAUAAUAAUGUGAACUUAUAACACACAGCAUCACAAGCAGGAUUGAUAGCACUCUCUGUGCAGACCAGUCAUGAUAAAUGAAAGAUAACAGCCAGUGGACAGUGAGUAUGUAUAGGGACACUGAACAAAGAAAGAUGAGAUACUAGAGCAGAAUAUAACGUGCAGUGUGUGAUAUACAAAAAGACCUGAAUAGCCAUUCGUAGACCCCCAUAUCAUUUGUGUUGUAAAGUUAAUUUGUUACAGUGUACUAUAAUUGUCUUUGUCUUUGGAAAACCGAUGAAAAGUAGCUAACCAGAACAUCUUCAGGUAAUUGUCAUGCCAAGUCCAUACAUAAAUUUGUGUGAUUAUAACGCAGUAAUCAUCACACUUAAUGAACCGUCAUUGAUGAGUACAACACAUCAUGCAAUGUCUGAAAAGAAUACUUGUUAAAUGCCUAAGACUUGCAGAGUUUGUACAGUCAUUGACUUGAAUCACCCAAUACCCUCCAUCCCCACGAGGAAUCCAGGAUGACAGCUUGCUGACAAACAUGAAUGGGUUGCUCAUUCCAUGCAGGACCUGCUCACCACUGCUCAAGACAGGCUUGAGUGGUGAGAUUUGUCAGCCAUUGCAUCUGUCCAGCUGUUCCCCCAACAAGAGGUACUAAUGAAGCCGGCAUAACAACUCAUCAAAUGGUACCAAUGUUGAUUAAGGGAUGUAUGUCAAUGUAAAGUGGUCUAAAGCAAGAUCAAGUUAUCCUAAGAACACUUGAAAUAUGGAAAACCUAAUGCCUAAUCAUUGGCAUGAUGUGAGACUUAGAGCAGAAAUUUCUGUUUCAAAUAACUUGGUUCUCUUUUUUAUGCUCCACUAGUCCAUUCUCAAGUGUUUUACUUCAAAAGGUCAUGUUUGUUUUCUGUACAAUUGAAAAUAAUUUUACGUACACAUUCAUUCCUAUUGCAUAAAUUCCAUUGUUGUGCCAAAACAUUUAUCAAAUUUUACUGUACUUUUGUGUUGAAUUUUAAAACAAGUUUUUGCAUAAAAGCCCUACAAAUGGUGGUUGCAAUGAAAAAAAUUUCAAGUGGCAUUUUUUUUGUAAAAAAGAGGGCAGAAAAUGUUAUUUUUUAUUUUCAAAAUUUUGUUUUCAUUCUUUUUGUAUAACUGAUGAAUCCCAGUAUGUAUAAUAAUAAUGAUUUUACCUGUCAAAGUCAAGGGCUCCCACAAAAUGAUAUUAAAUUGACUUUAUGCCAGUGAUUACUGGGAGUGUGUAGGUACAGUAUAUUUUUACUUUGAUAAACUCAACGUGUAUGUUGCUAGUCACAUUUUCAUAUGCACAUGGUAGCAAUGACUGAAUAAAGAAAAUAUGGA